AUGUUCGCCUCUACCACAGUCCUCGCCGCCCUGGCAAACAUCUUCAUCUCCCAGUCCCUCGGCGCUGCCGUCCCCAACGCCCCCGAGAAAGUCGUCGCUCGUGGUGGUGGAUAUCCCGCAUCCAACCCCCCGGGGGUCUCCUGCUACAACACCUGGGAGACGGUCACCAACGAUCCCGUAGUCCAGUACUGGUACGUUGUGGUAAAAGACGCCGGCAACCAGAUCAAGGCGGACCGCGUCUGGAACCACCUGAACCUGAACGGCUGCGCCCCAACCGAGAACAAGUACCACGUGGAGUCCGACAUCAACGGCUGCGCCCUGACCUUCCACACGAGCGAGGCCUGCACCGCGGCGCGCGUCAGCCACGCCCUCCGGUCCGGCUCCGAGCCUGGCAUCAACAUUGCGUGUGCGUUUACCGGAAAGGAGGGCCCCGACCCUGGUGAGGGUGCGGCUUCUGCCGGUGACGGAGUGCUCGAGGGCAUCCUGCACGGAAUUGGGGCAUUUGGGGGUGGUGAGUGA